AGAAACCUUGUAGCAACCCUGUAUCCAAGCAACACAUCGAUAAACAAGACUCAUUGGCGCAGUGUUAAGCAGUUAACAAUAAUUUUGUUUGGAAUUUUGGAGCAGAAAUAAGUAUCAAAACCGUUGAAAAACGAUGAAUUUAUCGUCUGGAACUGCCGGUACAACACCAACCAAACAGAUUAAAACCGAUAGUUGGAUGGACGAUGUUGUUCGCACGAAUAACGGUUCGGGAAAAAGCGGUAAAAUGUUCUCCAAUUUGUUGGAAAUGGAACGAUUCGGGAACGCAAAUUUAUCGUUGGAUGCUAGCACGGUUAUUGAUUACAACCCCGUAGAUGACAUUCCGAUGCUACCGGAUGCUGACGAGCUGCAGGAAAGCCUCCUGUACAACGAAUCACCAAAUCUGCCUUCUGUCACCACGUAUAAGCAGCUCAGCUCGGAUCUAUUUCCCCAGGGGAAAUCAUCGUUAGGCAGUCUAGAUGAAAUUGACAUUUCCAUUCUAACCGAAAGUUUGGAAAACGAACGUGAAAUUGAGGAACCAGAUGAACCGUGGCAUUGGGACAAACUGUUUGCCUAUCUAUCCGUUCAGAUUAGUGCGGAAGCAAAAACAUCUCCUAUUGAGGAUGUCAAAAAUUAACGUUCAGGUGACAUCCAGUUUUAGAUUUUUCAAUUAUUUAUAUUACUACUAUCAAUAAUGUACAAAGUUUCUUCGUCGAGCUUCUGAAGGCUCUCGGGAAGCAGCAUGUUUUCCUCAGCGUACGGUAGGAUGUCGCAGAUGAGCGAUGAUUCGACGUUAAGAAUAUACUCACACGGCCUCGGUUCCAACAGAUAUAGUGCAAUUGCAUUGGAACUAGCAGAAUGUUCCGUACACUUUAGCUUGACCUCGACUUGUCUGGCAAGCGAAAUUUUCUCACAAACAUCGCCUCCACUGUAGAAGUUGCUCAGCUGAUUUUCAUUCUUGCGCUUGUUUUUAAUCGCAGGGUUUUUAUCCAGCCACUCAAGAUGUUUUUCCUUGUUGAAGUAGCCCAGAUAAAUAGAGGUUUCAUCGUGAUACUGUCGCACGUGUUUGCCGUAGCAAAGUUCAAACUUCCACCAGCCAGAACCCUGCAAAAACAGACAGUAAAAAUUAUUGUUUAUGCUUCGAGUGGAUCAAGUAGCUAUUCUUACGCCAUUAAGACAAUGGACUCCAUCUAAGAAUUCUAGAAGUGGUUUGAGUUCCUUGGAUUUUCUCAUUUUUUUCGAGAACGCAUCCAUUGGAUUAGUGCUACUGGUGCUGUCCUCUUCUGCGAGACCGGUCGCGUGUGGCAACUUCUGAUUCAAAGCCUCGAUGAUGGGAAUAUCGUUGGGAAACAACUCUCUCUUAAAGGGGAUAUCCUGUAUAUGAUAAACCGGACAACAAAGUGUUAAAAGCAGAAGAAAUCCACCUCAAAAAAGGUGAAAUGUUAAAUCGUAAAGCCAGAACUACACAACGAAAAUAUAAAUAAAACAAAGUUAUAACAAACCUCAUCAAAAUUAAUUACCGCAAUAGCAUCUCUAAGGUUUUCUCGCACUUCCUACAACACGAAAGAGUAAGAAUGGGAAGAAAACUAGAAAAACUUAAAAUAAGGUAAAUAAUACUAGCCAAAACUA